GUUUGGAAAAGGGAAGCCAUUACAGUUUCCAGGUUGCUGCCAUGACUGUGAACGGAACGGGGCCUCCCUCGGAAUGGAUCGGAGCCGAAACGCCUCAGAACGAUUUGGACGAAUCCCAAGUUCCUGACCAACCCAGCUCCCUCCACGUCCGUCCUCUGGCCACUGGAAUCGUGAUGAGUUGGACUCCACCUCUCAAUCCCAACGUUCUCAUCCGGGGCUUCCUCAUCGGUUACGGAGUCGGGAGCCCCUACGCCGACACGGUCAGGGUGGACAGCAGGCAACGCUUCUAUUCCAUCCAAAAUUUGGGUGAGUCAUGA